AUGCAACAACCCCAAACGAAAAACGGCGGAAAACAGCUUCCAGGCGGAUCAGUGGUGCAUCACAGAGGAGGGUCGCAUCUCCCUAUAAGCGCCCUUGUUAACUUCCUCUUCGGCCUGCUCUUGUCCGUAAUCGUGGUGGUCACCGCUGCUGGAAUUGCUCACCUCUCCCUUCCGUCGAAUCACCCCCUACAGGAGUACAUUGGCUUCGUGCUUGAUCACGCCCCUCGUUUGGGUCUUUCCCGCGCGCUUGAGGUGACUCCCUUUCUCGCACAAGCGGCGGACGCACUCAGAGAGGCGGGUCAUCUACGCGUGGCCGAGUACCUGGACAGGGCCGUUGCGUGGCCCCACACUGAGUGUGCCUUUCUAACCGGCUUCGCGGCCAUUGCUCUUCUUCUGGCAAUGACUGUCGUACGAGGUCUUUGGCUGUACAAGAAGGAGAGAGAAAUCGAGGUGUCGCCUCCCCAACACAUGUACUGCUCGAAUACCAUGACACCAGAACAGUUCGCAGAUCGGCGAUUCACGUACCAAGCUCUUGCCCAGCUUAUGAAAGAUCCAGAGUUUCUCAAGCUGAAGGCGCAGCGCGCAGUCCAAGGGAGCGAAGCGUGGAACUGGCAGAAACGGAAGGCUGAGCAACACGAGGAGGACGAAGAUGAGAGUGAGGACAUGGCAUCCGAAGGAGAGGAAGACGAGAACAACUAA